CUCGCCGGGCUGGGGCCGGGAGGCUCGGAGGAGGCUCCGGAACCCCCGUGUCCGGCCCUGCCCGAGGCAUUUCUUCAAUGGAGAAGUUGGUGAGUGUGGAGGAGGCUGAGAGGAGGAAGCGCCGCAGCAGCUGAAGAGACAGGUUUGGUGUUUGGCUCCCGGAGCCUGGAAAGCAAGAGGAGGCCUGCCCACCCACCUGGGAAGUAGCCGAGAGCUUCUAGCUGUAGCAUCCUCCGUGCAGGUAAAGGAAGCUGAUCCGUCAUCCGGACGCACUCUGAGACCCGCCCCAGGAUGCUGUAUGUGCACAAUGCUUACUAGGCGGCCCCCUCCCAGGAGAAGGGACUUUCUUCCGGAAGUGGACUCCGCUAGGAUGUUACACCACCACUGUCGGAGGAACCCUGAGCUCCAGGAAGAGCUGCAGAUCCAGGCUGCGGUGGCCGCCGGGGAUGUCCACACCGUCCGGAAGAUGCUAGAACAAGGCUAUUCUCCGAAUGGCCGGGAUGCGAAUGGCUGGACCCUGCUCCACUUCUCAGCAGCCAGAGGAAAGGAAAGAUGCGUCCGAGUCUUUCUAGAACACGGAGCUGACCCCACGGUCAAGGACUUAAUCGGCGGCUUCACGGCGCUGCACUACGCCGCCAUGCACGGCCGGGCCCGCAUCGCGCGCCUGAUGCUGGAGUCCGAGUACCGGAGCGACAUCAUCAACGCCAAGAGCAACGACGGCUGGACUCCCCUGCACGUGGCCGCCCACUACGGCCGGGACUCGUUCGUCCGCCUCCUGCUGGAGUUCAAGGCCGAGGUGGACCCGCUCAGCGACAAGGGCACGACGCCGCUGCAGCUGGCCAUCAUCCGGGAGCGCUCGAGCUGCGUGAAGAUCCUGCUGGACCACAGCGCCAACAUCGACAUCCAGAACGGCUUCCUGCUGCGCUACGCCGUCAUCAAGAGCAACCACUCGUACUGCCGCAUGUUCCUGCAGCGCGGGGCCGACACGAACCUGGGCCGCCUGGAGGACGGCCAGACGCCCCUGCACCUGUCUGCCCUCCGCGACGACGUGCUCUGCGCACGGAUGUUGUACAGUUACGGGGCGGACACGAACACGAGGAACUACGAAGGGCAGACCCCGCUGGCGGUUUCGCUCAGCAUUUCCGGCAGCGGGCGGCCGUGUUUGGAUUUCUUGCAGGAAGUCACACGGCAGCCCCGAAACUUGCAGGACCUGUGCCGAAUUAAAAUCCGACAGUGUAUAGGCCUUCAGAACCUAAAGCUACUUGACGACCUCCCCAUUGCCAAGGUCAUAAAAGACUACUUAAAACACAAAUUCGACGGCAUCUGACAGACACAGGCCCCCGGGCGCGGGGCCGGGCGCUCUGUCCCAGAUACCCCUAAGGCCGUUCGCCUUGCACAAAGUAUAUCCUAUGCAAUUUCUGAUCCGCCGAGAAGUCAGAAAGCAGGUGUACACUUUUAGAUGUUUAUUCUUUCUGUUUGUUUUUUUUUAUUUUUUCGUUCGUUUGUUCAGUUGGUUUUCGUUGUACGGGAGGGGUUGUUGGUUUUUUAUAUAUAUAUCUAUCUAUAAACACACCACAUGCUUGACGGUCUUAA